UUUCAGUAACUAUAAAGACAAUUGGGUGCCUAACGUAAAUUGUAACCGUAAUAAUUCGGUUAAUAUAUCAAAUCUCUUCCAACAUUAAAUAUAAUUGGAAUAAUUGUGAAUUGUAAAAUAAAUAGAAAAUUGUAAUCGUAACCUCAAAGAAAGUCUAUUGAUGCCAAUAUUUGAGGAAAAUAUGGGAGCCUUAUACAUCUUUUAUAAAUAAUCUAAUAAACAAUUAUUAUAUAAAAUUAAAACACAAGGUGUUUCAAUUCAAUUUAUAAAAAUGUCAAAUGAUUCAUUGAUAUGUCGUUUGUGUGGUAUUAAACAUGAACUUACAAAUUCAAAAUAUAUCUUUGAUGAGGCAACUAAUUUAACUCAAAAAAUAAAUGACACACUACCAAUCAGGAUUUCGCAGGAUGAUCAUUCCAAAUACAUAUGCUUGGACUGCUACGAAAAAGUUACUACUCAUUAUGAUUUUAUCCAAAAUGUAUUGGAAAAUUCAAAGGAGAACGUUAAUAUGGCAAAAAGUAAUUCUUCAUUUGAGCCCAAUAAAAGUGAAAAAAUGGAAAUUGCAGCAAUUUCCAAACUAUAUAAUGAUAUGAUAUAUACAUGCCCAAAUUGCAAUAUAGAUUUAAUGAUACUAAUAAAAAGCAAUCCUGAUGAUUGUAAUUAUGCAUUUCAAAUUUCAUUGGCCAUAGUAGACCAAAUGGAAAAAUCAAUGGAAAGAAAUAUCCAAACCUGUGAUGAUGCAAUAGAAUUUGUUAAUACUUGCAUAAAAACAUCAAGUAUAGAAGAUGAUUUGCAUGAAUCAUCAUUGAAUCAGAGUAUUAUCAAUGAUACAUUGAAUGAUAAGGAACAAAACAUCAGUAAAACAGAUGAAAAGUUACCAAUACUACAAGAAGAUAUAAAUCAUGUUGACACUUGCAUUACAUUUCAAAAAAAUAAUGUAUCACAUCGAUUGAGCAAAGGUACAAAAAGAAAACUUAAGGAAAAUAUUUUUUGCGAAACACCUACUAAAUCACAAAAACUAGAAACGAAAUUAGAUGCAACAGACACUAAUGUAUUGGACAAUGAUUAUGGGUGUGUAGAUAUCUUGAUAAAAGAUGAGAAUCUAAAUGAUGGAAUAGAUGAAGGUGUCGAAUGGCUUAGUGGUGAAAUAAACUUCAAAGAAGAGAAUACUACAGUGUAUACAAUAGAAGCUGAAAAAGAUCACAUUGAUGAAAAUGGUAUAAAAUACGACGAUAUCGACAAUAAGAGUCCAAAAAUUGUAUGUAAUUUAUGUGGAGCUCGUUAUCUUUCUCAAUUAAAAUACGAGUUUCACAUGGAGAGGCACAAGUCAAACAAAAUGGAUAGAUAUGUCUGCACAGUAUGUGACAAAGAAGCUAGCAGUGAGAACUUAUUGUGGGAUCACUAUUUCCAUACACAUAAAAGCUCGAUGCGGUAUGCUUGCACACAAUGCGGCAAGAUGUUUACGAAGAAACCGAGAUUAAAUGGCCACCAAAAGAGACAUAAACACUUUGGUAUCAAAGAGAUACAUUUUGAGAUGGGCAUGGAUGAAAUAAGCGUCAAUCAAGCACAGAAAGCUAUCGCGGUCGAAAUACAAGGACGAGUUGCCGCAAAUUGUAGUCUCUGUGGAAAAUUAAUAACAGAUUUAGAUCCGGAUGCUAUCAACGAUUUGGCGACAUGCGCGGCCUGCGAGGAUUCCACUUUAUCGCUGAUGGUCGAUGGAAACGAAAUGAAAGUGAUCUCGCCGCGGCAGUACCAUUGCUCAAAAUGCCCUAAACAUUUUGUGCGCAAAGAGAGACUGGAGUUUCAUGAGAUGAGACAUAAUGAAAACAUGAACGAAUUUAUCUGCAGCACAUGUGGCAAGGAGUUUAGUGCAGAAAACUCCUUGUAUGAGCAUUAUCUCUUUGUACACAAAGGAGCUAGGCCACAUAUCUGUGAGCAGUGCGGCAAGUCGUUUCAGUUGAAGGCACGAUUGAAAGAACAUCAUCGCACGCAUACAGGUGAAAGACCUUAUCAAUGCGACGUAUGCGGUCUACGCUGCAUGACUACCAAUGCGCUCAAACUCCACAGGAAAACUCAUUUCUCUCACAAUCGCUAUGUUUGUAAUAUAUGUGACAAAUCCUUCAGCAAAAAACAGAACAUGAACGAGCAUUUGGAAAAGCACUGGAAAAACGAUAAGAAUGUAUCGCUGCCGCAAUUGUUUACAUGUCCGGUAUGUACCGAAGAUCUGCCGACCUAUCGUAUGCUAAAGUAUCACUUGAUCGACACUCAUAAGCUCGAUCGCCAAGAUCCCUUACUAACAACACAAAAACCAUGGUACGAAUGCAACGAAUGUCAUGAAAAGUUUAAACAUCAAAUGUCGCUGAAGGCGCACAAAGAAAAAGUACACGAGGGUAAGGUCAGCCCAAUAUUCCAGUGCGAUAUAUGUAACGCUACUUACAGAAUCAAGCAGCUGCUGAUAAAUCACAUCAAAAGCAAGCAUGGUGGUGAAAAGCGAUACAAAUGUGCGCAAUGUGGCAAAGGAUUCAAUGAUACCAAAUCCUUGUACAAUCACAUUUUAUUACACACUGGUAGGAAGCCAUUCACUUGUGAAUACUGUCACAUGAGCUUCAGGCGAAAAGACUCCAGGGACCACCAUCGCCGUAAGCAUACAGGCGAACAGCCUUACCAGUGCUCGGAUUGCGGACAAUCGUUUUCUACCUACAACAAUCGCUCAAAGCAUCGCAAGAAGGAACAUGGAGAAGGUGAAAUCGAAUGUCCAGAGUGUGGAGAAAAAUGUAACAGUCAACAAGAAAUCAGAAUUCAUCUGAACAAGCAUCUUGGUGAAAAAUUGAAUAACUUACAACGUGUAUAACAUUGCAGAUAAUGUUAAUUAUACAGGUAAAAUUACUGUACAAAGACGUUUCAAUAAAUAAGGUAACAAGACUUGUUAUGAAAAUACAUGUAUUCAUAUAUAACUAUAACUACAACUUGUAACAUAUUGCACAUAUUCCUCAUAUGUUCAGGCAUUCGUUCUACUGGUGCACCAAGGCAUCGAUCCCAGCAGCAAAAAAUCAGUGUCAAGGUCCUGCAGUCAAGACAUUACAGCAUGUUAAACUGCAGCAUCGGUUGCAUAUCGCUUUUCAGCCAAGUGCUUCUUCAAGAGUCCAAAAAGAUGGAAAUCUUGGUGGAAAGUCAGGGUUGUGGCACGUUCCAACUUCUCGCGAAUCAUUUCCAGAAGAUCCCCUUUGAAUACUCUCCUAAUACCCGCGGUAUUGUCGGCCUUUGCCAAUUUAGAGGGACUAAUCUUCGUGUCUCCCAUCACGAUGUAAUCCACCUUUGAUACGGUACGACCGCCGUGUCUCCUUAUAAACUCCUCCAUUUCGUAUCUCUUGAACGUGUCGAGAGAACCGGUUAUCACAAACAUGUAACCCCGCAUACAAUUUUCAGAAGCCUGAGGAAUCUGUCUCAAAUAUCGCGCGCACUCUUUCAUUUCCCUCUUCCGAGGUCCCUCUGUCCUCGCUCUUUCUUUUUCUUCUUCCAUCUUCGACUCUUCGAUUUUCCUUUUCUUCUUCUUCUGAGUCAGGAUCACGAUUAUCAGGAGAAGGAGAAGCAAUAGAAGGCGGUACGACGACCAUUAUAUCCUCGUCGGAAUCUAACAACGACGACGACGACGACGACGAUGCUGUAAAUAUCCUCCUUCGAAUCUUUUUGCGUCUUUGUGGCGCGGCAACAAAGGAUGAUUCCUCGUUGUCCGGCGGAAACCUCCUCUUCCUGUUAGACGAUAUACUCUCUCGGCGGUCUCGAGGGGUUGGUAAACGGCAACAACUCUUUUUCACUUUCGCGAAACGAACUUCUUCUAAACUCCUUCAAGUUUUUCGACCUCGAUUGAGACAAUACGAACAAAGAGACUGCGUACUUACUGCGUACUGCGCAUUCGAGACUUUGAGAACGCGUGACCCGAGUACACCCGAUAUUUAUAUAGUUUACGUCGCGGUAAAGUACACAAACCACGUGGUCAGUGGACACGCACGACGCAUGCACAAGGAGUACGGGGAACAAAGUACCGGCAUUCAAAAGUCAAGGUUGUGAGGGGUGUGAUUUAGCACUUGUGUUCCGUAGCGCUGUAACACCUCACGCAUGUGUCCACAUCUCACCUUGCAUCAAGUGAUUUCUAUCUCUUUAGACUCCUGAAAAAGCACUUGUCUGAAAAGUGAUAUGCAGCUGAUCUUGCAGUUCAACAUGCUAUAAGGAUUUGACUCCAGGACCUUGAUACUGAUUUCUUCGCUGCUGGAAUUGAUACCUUGGUGCAUCAGUGGAACAAAUGUCUGGAUACAUGUUGUAUACAUAUAUAAGGAAUAUGUGCAAAAAAGUAAUAUGUCCAAUUAUAUGUUAUAGAUUACAAUUAUAUAUGAAUACACAUAUUCUCAUGAUAGGUCUUGUUAUCUUAUUUAUUAAAAUGUUCUCAUAUUACGUUAUACAGGUAAUGUAAUUAAAUAAAGUUUAUAAAUAAUUGCAAAAUUACAUAAAAUAGAAUGAUAUACUAUCAUACACAUAUUUAUAGUAGUACUACAUAUAUAUGGUAUGCAUAUUAUAUAUGUACACAUACAUAUUAGAUAACACACAUAUAGCCUUUUAAAGUUUUAAACCACAUUAAGUAAAUAAUUUUAUAUAUAUACAUUCAUAUUGCGUGUCAUGGUUGAUUGAUUUUAAUACAUAACACAAAUAAACAUAAUGUUUUUAUACACUUAAUGAUAUCUACGUUAAUUUUUGUCGUAUUUCAUAUGAAAUUCUAUGCUUUGAUUGUAAUGUAGCUCUGUCAAUGUAUUAAAUCCUGCAAUGUAUGAUGGCUACCUAUAUGUAAAUAUAAGAUAUGUUCAUAUGGAAUGAGAAAAUUAUGUUUUUUAAUAUAUUCUUAUAUCUUUACGAAUAUAAUAUUACAAAAUUGACACAAGCACUAUUCGUUUCUUUGAUUUAUUCGUUUAACUGUAACUUUUUAUCUCAUACUUAUGUUUUUCAUAAUUACAAACC